GACAUCUAAGCGCCAAGUCGAUACAUUAUAUUUUCAAUCGAUAUUCGUUGAUAUUUUUCAAGACCAGAAAUCGAGUUCAGUGUAGAAUAAAUGUUCGAAGCCUUCGGUUACCGGUGAAAUGACUGCGCCGAAUAAUUAUAUUCGGAUCGUCGUCGUAACUCGACUCGUUUCACUGCUAUACUACAGCACUGGCACCUAAAUCACGACAUACGCAUCCGGCGGCCGAGCGUGUGCUAAAAUCCGCAUUCGCGUUUGUACGUAAAUAUUUGUCUUUCAGUUUAAAUCGGCGCCACACGCAAACGUCGUAAUAUACGUUUAUUAUAAUUACACAUCACUGGAAACGACGACUGCCGAUAAUGACGUCUUCCGGCGGAAGUUGCGAGUGCUCGUGGUCCGACUCGUCGUUCCUGUCCGGUUCCUGUGGCAACACCGGCGGCCUGGCGUUCUUCAUGUCGUUGGUGGACCUGGUGAUCCGGUCACAGUGCUCGGUGACGGACCCAUGCCGUCGGGCCACCGGGCGGCGGCAGUUCCCGGCCGGUCCAGUGUACCCGGAGGAACUAGACUUCGUGGUGGUCGGCGGCGGCGUGGCCGGUUCCGUGGUGGCGUCCCGGCUGAGCGAGGUGGCCGGCUGGACGGUGGGACUGCUGGAGGCCGGGCCCGAGGAGCCGUCGGCCACGUCGGUGCCGGCGUUCGCGUCGGCCGCGAUGGGCACCGACCUGGACUGGCGGUACCUGACCGAGCCACAGGGCAACGCAUGUCUGGCCGCGGGCGGAAUAUGCGCGUGGCCGAGGGGCAAGAUGUUGGGCGGCACGGGGGCCAUGACGGGCAUGAUGUACUCGAGGGGCCACCGGCGUGUGUACGACGAGUGGCGCGAUUCAGGGGCAGUGGGCUGGGGCUACGACGACGUGCUGCCGUACUUCAAGAAGUCCGAGCACAACAUGGAGGCCGACAUGGUAGAGCCCGAGUACCACGGGUUCGACGGUCCCGUGCCAGUGCAGCGGUUCUCUCACCAUCCCGAGAUGGCCGAGUCCAUCGUGCAGGCUGGCGUCGAGCUGGGCUACAGGACCGGCGACCUCAACGGACACAAUCAGACUGGUUUCUCCAUAGCUCAGGUGAUGGUGCAUGGUGGUCUGCGGAUGAGCACUUCGCGAGCGUUCUUGCGGCCUGCCCACGACAGGCCCAACCUGUUCGUGAAGAUCAACAGCCGCGUUACCGGGUUGGUGUUGAAUAAGCUAAACAACCGCGUGCAGGGCGUCAAGUACGUGGACCAGUACGGGGAGCACAUGGUGCGCGCCCGGAAGGAAGUGAUCCUGUCGGCAGGGGUGGUUGGUUCCGCGCACUUGCUCCUGGUUUCCGGCAUCGGACCUGCCGAGGAACUGCUUCGGGCUGGUGUCACUGUUUUCCAGGAUCUGCCGGUUGGUCGGAACUUGCAGCACCAUGUGUCUGUCAGCGUAGCUGCCACGGUGAACGCCUCAGAAGAGGCCCAUUACUUGACUAUGGACGCGGUGUCAGAAUUUUUGGCCACGCGUACCGGCCCACUGGCCAGCACAGGCCUCACGCAGACCACAGGAUUUUUGACCACCUCCUACUCAGUCAACGGGGUACCCGACGCACAGGUGUACUUCGACGGCCUUGCACCCAACUGUGACAAGAUCCCCAUGGAUCCGGAUGGUCCAGCGUACCGCAAGUUUGAGGGCUCGAGGGCGUACGUGUGGGCCAGACCGACGUACCUGUUGACAAGGAGCAAGGGGUUCAUCGCUCUGCGGACCGGAAACCCGAUGGACGACCCGAUCAUCCAACCCAAUUACUUCCAAGACCCGCGAGACGUGCUGGCCAUGGUGGAAAGCAUACGGAUCGUGUUGGCGCUGAUGGAAACUCGGGCGUUGAGCAAGUGGGACAUGCAACCAGACACUACGCCGUAUGAGGGAUGCGCGCAGCACGUGUAUGGCACAGACGCGUACUGGGCGUGCGUGGUGGUCACGGACACGAAACCCGAGAACCACCAUUCGGGGACUUGCAAGAUGGGACCCAUCGACGACCCGGAAACGGUGGUAGACCCGGAGCUCCGGGUACUCGGUGUGGCCAACCUGAGGGUGAUGGACGCGUCCGUGUUUCCCACCGGGCCCAACUGCAAUCCCAUGGCACCGGUCAUAAUGGUGGCCGAAAAGGGCUCGGAUAUGGUCAAGCAAACAUGGAGUGCAUACGCGCACGAGAACAACGUGCCACCGUACAAAAAGCCAAGGGCUGCAUGAUAAUAUUAUUAUUGACACGUCGCAUUGCUGAUUCUCGUCAACCUGACCCAUAUGGACAUGACGUGUAUUGUGUAUACACAGAGUGUAACAGAAAUGUAUGACAAAUUAAAUAACUUGUGUUCUAAACAAUAUUUUUAAUUUUUUUUUUCAAAUAAUAAAUAGAGUAAAAAAGUUUAUAUUAUACGUGAAAUACAAUUAUCUAUUAACGAAGAAUAUGAAGAAUCAUUUUUCAGCGUUGAUUUGAACACAAGUUAUUUAAUUUGUCAUAUCUUUCUGUUAUUACCCUCUGUAGUCUGAACAGGACCAAUUCGUCAUUAUUUAUUCACUUUUCAUUCUUGGGUGAUGUGAAGGUAUAUUAUUGUAAUAUAUAUUAAGUAGUCGAUUACCGACAACACGCCACCUUUGGCAAACAGACAUGUUGUAACUUUUAAGAAUAUAUUUAUUAUUUGUGUUGAAAAAUAAAUUCUCAAUGUAAAAAUAGAUUUCUAAUAGGUAUUUCUCUGGGCAAGUACACACUAUUAGAAUUUAUUAACGGGUAUAACUUUUAAGAUGUAAAAACAUGUAAUGUUCACCAAAAUCUUUGGAAAUUUUAUUUAUUGUUUAUUAUACGUUUAAAUAAGAUA